AUUUUCCUCGAGAUUGAUUCUCUCAACUCGUCCGUCAGUGGGGAGAGUAGGAGUUGAAUCUGCUUCCGGGCUGAGUUUUUGCUACUACACUAUGGUGCCUUUGUAGACGUGCCUAUGUUCUCUGUACCGCAAACUAUUUGCGCUAGCGGCCCCGAGCAUUCCGCUAUGUUUCCCUGCAUCCAUGAUCGCGACAUGCAACUAGCGCAUCUGCUAGAGCCGAGCCCACUGAUCUCAGACUAGGUCAUUUCAUUCCACGACCCUCGUAGCUCACUCCGUUAGGCCUCCUUCCCCGAGAGAAUUCCCAUCGUUCCGCGUUUUCUGGCAUACCGCAUCGUCACGAUGAGCCUGUUCGCACGAAAGGCCAUGACACACCGUGAGCCGGUAGCGCGGCAUGUGGCCAUGCUGUCAGCGCUCGUGCUGUGGCUGUGCGUCGGCCCCGCAUCAGCCGCUGAUUGGGAGGCCCUGGCGCGCGUGCUGGAUCCAAAGGGCUCGGUGCUCACCACGUGGACCAAUCAGCAAGAUCCCUGCUCGCCCACUCCCUUCACGGGCGUGCGGUGCGACGGCACCAACAACGUGGUGGCGGUGGACCUGGCGAAUCGCGGGCUGGGCGGGCAGGUGCCGGAGGAGCUGGUGCAGCUGUACGGCGUCACCACUGUCAACCUGCAGGGCAACGGGCUCACGGGCGCGCUGCCCACUUCGCUCAAUAGCCUCGCGAACCUGCAGGCGCUGCUGCUGUGCUGCAACCAGCUCGCGGGGCCGCUCCCUGAGUUGUCGUCGCUGUCGCAGCUGACGAUCCUGGACCUGUCGCACAACCAGCUGAAGGGCAGCAUUCCCAACUGGGUCUCCGCGCUCUCACAGCUGCAAUACCUGGAGCUGAACUCGAACCGCUUCAAGGGCUCGCUCCCGCGGUCGCUGUCGGCGCUCACCACCCUGCGCGACCUGCACGUGGACGGCAACAAGCUCAGCGGCAAGGUGUCUCAGUCGCUCGCCUUCCUCUCCGCCACCGGCGCAUCUUUCAACUUCACGCAGGCCCCUGGCGGCGCGCUAUGCGGACCCCCCGAGCUGGGCCUGCCGCCGGAAUGCGCCGCGCCGUCGACCCCCGCGCCUCCCGCCGGGGAUUCCGGUUCGUCGCAGCCUUCCGCUCCGCCCGCCGCUAACACCCCGGGUACUGGUUCGGGCGCUGACUCCGCCCCUGCCCCCAGCAAUGGCAAUUCCGCUCCUCUUUCCGCCGAGACUUCCGCAUCUCCCGCUGGCAACUCGUCGUCCACGGCGACGGCCCCGCCGUCGGGCGGCUCGAGCUCGGCGGUGGUGAUAGUUGCGGGCGUGCUUGUGGGCUUGGCGGUGCUGCUGGCGCUCGCCAUUGGGCUGCUGCUGUGGCGCAUGGGGUGGUGCGGACGGCGCAAAGCCGCGCGAGCGCUUUCCGGCGCCAAGUACGCACAGCCUCCUAAGGAUGCCGCCGAGGUGCGCCUUAAUAUAGUCGACGGGCCUAUCCCGCCCAGUAAGGCAACAGCCGCUUCAGGCGGCGGGAUCGACGCCGCGAAGCACGGGGAGGACCAGCCGCUUACCGCGUUCGUGCCGCCAGUGAUCCACGUAGCAGCCAAUAAGACGGCUCCUGACAACUCCACGUGGAAAACUGACGUCAGCCCGUCGCCGUCGUCACGACAUCCUUCCGCCUCGCGUCCGCCGCUCCCUCCCCCCCAUGCGGGCACAGUUCCCCCCUCCGCGGAAGGCAGGGGGAAGGGCGGAAGCAGCGGGGAUGGCGGGGACGAGAGCGGAGGGGUGGUGGGCAGGUAUGCGGCUGCAGUGGCGGCAACAGCGUCGACGGCGAGUUCAGGGGGGAGGGUGGGGGGAUGGGGGAAGAGACGGGGGAAAGCGGAGGAGGGGGAAGCGGCGAUCGGGAGUGUGGGAGCGAGCGUGGCGGGGGGCGCUGGCGCUGGUGCGGGCGCGGAACGGGAGGGGAAUGUCGGAAGUGCGGGCGGCGGGGACGCGGGUGAUGAGAGAUGCGUUGCGCCGGUGAGCCUUGCCACUGCAACCACAACCGCGAUAACCGCCGCUGCUCCCGCUCCUGCGCCUCCCGCGGGUAGUGAAAUCCCCCAGUCGCCGUCGUCGUCGUCCGCUGUCUCCGCGACCACCACCGCCUCCAGCGCCAUCAGCACCGCCUCGCGCGCACCACCGGCGCUUGCGGACGCCGCCGCGCCUGCCGCGGGCGGGCAAGGCGCAACGUCGGAAGCGCGCAGCGCGGAAGAGGAGACGCAGCAGGGGGAGGAGGGGGAGGGGGAGGAGGAUGAGGACAAGGGGAGCGAGUGCAGCAGCAGGAGCGCGUCUUCCUCCCCGACGAGCCGCUGCAGUGGCAGCGAGGGAAAAGGCGGCGAAAGCAAGGGCAAUGCGGCGGAGAGCAGCAUUGGCAAGGCGGGUGCGGGUGCGGGGGAGAAGGGCGUGGCGGCGGAGAGCAGCAAGAGCAACAGCCGGAGCGCGAGCACGGUGAGCAGCGCCGCAGCCGCUGCGGUGUCGAGGCUGCUGGGGCGGUGGCGGCAGUCGCACAAGGAGCAGCAGCACGGCGCGGGCAGUGCCAGCAAUUGCACGAGUGCGUCAACGCACGACGCGGCGGGAGGGAGCGCGGAGGAUGCGGCGGAGGGGAAGGGAAGAAGCGGGGAGGCGGACGAGGAGGUGUCGAGCAGCGAGGAGAGUGGGGAGGAGGUGGAGGGGGGCGGGGGCGCAGAGGCGGGGGAGGAUGAGGUGGUGGAGAGCGCGCCGCCGCAGCAGGCGGAGAUCAGCGGCGGCGAGCGGAUGAGGAGUUUGCCCUCGUGGGCCGCAGCUGCCAGAACAGGCACGGCUCCCGCCGCCGUCACCGCCGCCGCAUUUGGCGCUGCUGGUAUUGCGGCAGCAGGGCAGACAGGGGGGUUGCAUGAAAGUGCAAGCAAGGAGCCGGCUAGCCCUGUGAUGACUCCGCGGACCAAUCACGGCGUGUCACCUGCGCUGUCGCCGCAACUGCACCCGCCCGUCAUCAUUCCCCCCGUUGUCCCCCUCCCCUCCCUCCGCUCGCUCCCCGCCGCCUCCCGCUCCUCCGCCGCGGCUGCCGCCAUGCCGCGCGUGUCUUCCGCUGGAGGGAGUGCGGGAGGUGCGGCGGCAGCUGCCAGGGCGGUCGCCACGUCACCGCAGCAGCAGCUGCAUCAGCAGCCGCCGCCGCCACAACUCGCGCUCGACGACGCCCUCCGACUCCCGCCCGCAGCCGCCGCCGCAAACGCGGCGGUAGACCCGCUGCCUCCUCCGCCUUCCCUCCUCCCCGCGUCUGCGCCAGGUGCAGCGGUGGCGGGACUGCGCCCCGCGUACGGCGCGGCGGGGCGGGCGCUGAGAGCGGCGGACCUGGAGGACGCGGAGGACAGGCAGGCGGACGGCGAUAGGAGGGGGGAAGUGGGCGCGGGUGGCUCCGCCGCUUCCGCCUCUGCCGCUGGUGCGCAUCUCGCAGACCUGUCACUGUCGCCGGCAUCUAGAAUCAACGGUUCGGAUGGCAUUGCGAUGCAAUCUGACGACGGGAGUUGCGCGGGGAGCGUAGCGGGCGCGGGCGGGGAGCUGCGGUGGUUCUCGUUCGGGGAGCUGGCGAUGGCGACGAACGAGUUCGGGCGCAACGCGCAGCGCAACGUGGUGGGCGUUGGGCGGUACGGCACGGUGUACCGCGCGCGGCUGGCGGACGGCAGCACGGCCGCGGUGAAACGACUGUCGCAGUACAAUCCCGACCAGACCCCCCGCGAGUUCCGCUUCGAGGUGGAGACGCUGGCGACGCUGCGCCACACAAACCUUAUUGCGCUCAUCGGCGGCUGCUGCGCCGAGCCUGGCGAGUGUGGCUCGGCGGCGGGCGCGGAGAGGAUGCUGGUGGCGGAGUACGCGGCCAAUGGGAGCCUGGACACGUGGCUGCAUCCUGAUGACGCCACGGCGGGAGCCAAUGGCGGGGCGCAGAUGGAGGCGAUUGAUUGGCCGAUGAGGAUGCACGUGGCUGUGGGAUGUGCGAGAGGGCUGGCGUACCUGCACGAUGUGCGCGUGGUGCACAGCGACGUGCGCGCGGCCAACGUGCUGCUGGACCACGGCUGCCACGCACGCCUCUGCGACUUCGCCUUCUCGCGCAUCGUCGGCAGCGACCCCAAGCACGCCACCGCGCGCCACGCCCUGCGCUCCUUCGGGUACAUGGCCCCCGAGUACAUGAACACGGGCGUGCUGACGGAGCGCAGUGAUGUGUACAGCUUCGGUGUGCUGCUGCUCGAGAUCAUCACCGGCAGGCCGCCCAUCGACAGCCAGCGACCCUCACACGAGUCGAACCUAGUGAAGUGGGCGAAGCAGAUGGCGGCGGAGGGUCGCUUCCUGGACAUGCUGGACCCGCGCCUGUGUGCGCCCGAUGCCGUGGCGGCGCCCGUGGCCAUCGAGGACGCCACGUAUGUGGUGGGCGUGGCGCUGCGGUGCCUGGAGCCCAACGCGCUCAAGCGCCCCAAGAUGAAGCAAGUCGUGCACAUGCUCGAGAGCGAGGACCCCAGCCUGAGGGAGGACUGGGUGGCAAGGCGGCCAUCCGUGACCCCCCGUGCGCUGCGCGACACGAGCCCCUCAUGGUCCGCGGCGCGGGCCUUCACCGACUCCCCCGCGCGCACCAGCCCACGCUUCGCCCACUCCUCGCCGCGCCACAUCGACCCCACCUCGCCCUUGACCGGUUCUGCCGCUGCCGCCUACAGCACUGCCAUGGGCUCAGGUACUGGUGCUGGCAGCAAUGGCGCUGCUGCCCCUGGGUCCGCCCCGUUCCGCGGUGCGAGUCCGCGCAGCGGGUUCUCCCCCACGGCGGCCAGCCCCAAGGCGGCUGACAUCGGCAGCAUGAUCACCAGCGCUGCCAUGCGUGGGAGCAGCCCACACCAUGCGGGGCACAGCAACAGCAGCAACAAUAUUGCCAUGGGGAACACACCCACCCACAGUGCCACCACUGGUCAUAGCCCCACUGCUCCGUCCCAUGGCUCCUCCUCACCCUACCACACUGCCACACACCCCAGCACAUCCCCGUACCAUCAGCACCAUCAUACGCAUGGCUCUGCUGCAGCAGCCGCUGCACUGGCAGCUGCAGCAACCACAGGGGGGUAUGGGCAGAGCCCUCCGCCCUACCGGCUGCAGACUGGCAGCCCCGCCUCAGCAGCAGCCACGGCAGCAGCAGGGGCGUACGGGCAGAGCCCACCGCACUUUGGGCAGAGUCCCAGGGCUGCAGCUUUCCUUGCAGGCAUUGCAAGUGGUGCAGGCAGUGUAGGUGGCGCCAGUGCUGGUGCAACAGGGGCUGGGUAUGGUGCUGCUGGGGGAGGGAUGGGCAUGGCUGUAGGGGGCAUGUAUGGGGGAGGCAUGGGAGGACCAGCAGCAGGAGGGGUAUAUGGGCAGAGUCCCAGAGCACCAGGGUACUACGGGCAGAGCCCUAGAGCAUCUUCAGUGUACGGUCAGAGCCCCACUGCUCCCUCGUACUACGGCCACAGCCCCACUGCCCGGGGCACCAGCCCGUCUUCUGCAGCAUCACGCGUUGUGGGGUCAAGCCCCAGGGCUCUCAACUAUGGGGGAGAUGGCACUGCGGGGAACAUCAUUGCGAGCCAUGCCAUGAGCAUUUCCAGCCGUCGGAUGCCAUCGUGGAGCAGGAGAUAAAGUGUGUGGGGGGGCAGGGCGAUGGGGAGUUCACAGUGGAAUAGAGGUGUGUUGUAGUGUGGAUGUAAAAAAGAAGAGGUGUGUGCCUUUAUUACAGCAAUAAUAUAGUAAGCUUCUUUAGGGCGUAUUCCCAUUUUACCGUGUUCAGUACCAGGAACCUAACUUUGCGAAUCACC